UCUUGAUCCAUAACACGUAUAUUCACUCCCAAACAAUUGCCAUGGCAGAGAUUCAAGCAUCUCCUGUACUCGCUCCAGAAAGCAUACCGAACGUCGACAAUUCAGAAGACGAGAAGAAAGCUCUCCUCAUUCGGCUGGAUGAUUUAUUGGAAGAGUACCUGAACACACUCGAUGAAUAUCAGAAAGCCAGAGAGCAAUUGUCGAAACAGUUGUCUUCUGGCUACUUGUCGCUGGCACAAGCCAACUUCCACAAUCAAUCAACAUCGACUCGGUAUGGACAGGACUGCUAUGAUGAGCGUAUGCAGGUGAUACGGAAGAUCACCAUAACCGCACCCGCCACAGAUCAGAUCGCCUUCUCAACCUCCUCCACGCAGCCCUCCCCCAACGGCCCAGAAAAAGAAACCAAUUCUCCAACCCCAGAGGAGUCCGAGAAGCCAUCCCCAGAGGAGUCCAAAAAACCAUCCCCUAACCCAGCCUCCGACCCCCUCCGCUGGUUCGGCAUCUUGGUCCCCCAAGCCCUGCGCUCCGCCCAAGCGUCGUUCAUCUCGGCCGUCGACAGAUCGAUACCGGACUUGGCUACGUUGGCUCGGGAGCUGAGAGGGCUGGAGAUGGAGGUUGGGAGGGUGCAGAAGCAGAUUAAGAGGUUGUAAGAGUGGUGUACCUGUUAGAGGUUGGCCGGGAGGAUCAAGGCUUGUGAGGAGUGUGAUUGUGUUCAGAUCUUUUGCACUGACAUAUGGGGAUCUCGCUGAACUCAAGUUUCUCGCUCAUAUGCAGUAAACGGCUUAAUUCCAAGCUAGGUAUCGAAACACAACAUUCUAGGCACUCAGCCUCUCAUCAUACUAUACACUGAAGCUCCACCCUAAUCACCCCCCUCCCUCCCACCUACCUCGCCGACUGACAGAUAGCGAUGCAAAACUCCCUGAAAUCCCCCUUCGUCGCCUCCUCCAAAU